UUCUUUUUUAUGUUUCAUCAAAAACCAGCUCUCCCUCCCCCAUUGCCACUGCUUCUCUCUCUUCUCACAUUAGCUAUUGUGUUCUUCAUUUUGCUUCUUGUAACUAUUUAAAGAUAAGGAGUAAGUUCUUAAGUGUUUCAUACUUUGAUGUCUACACCUUUGGAACAUGAUUACAUAGGUUUAGCAGAGACUUCUUCAAUGGAAAGAAGCUCUGAGAAGAUAUCUUCUUCUUCUUCCUCUUCAAUUCCCUCCAAUAUUGAAGACAAAACCACCAACAAUCCUUCCCUGAAUCUCAAAGAAACUGAGCUGAGGCUUGGCUUACCAGGUUCUGAGUCACCUGAGAGAAAGCUGUCUCUUUUUGGCAAAGAUUUGGAGACUAAUGAUAAAAGCAACGGUUUUGUUGGUAGCCCUUUGAAGAACUUGGUGUCUGGAGCUAAAAGGGGUUUCUCAGAUGCCAUUGAUGGGUCUAAUGGGAAAUGGGUUUUCGCUAUAAAUGGUAAAUCUGAUGUAGAGUUGGGUAAAGGUGCUGUCUUGGCCUCUCCUAGAGGUGGUUUGGAUAGUAAAACCAAUCCCCAACAGGUAAGGACGUCUGUGCCUGUCAUGAAAGAGGUUGUUGGUGUUCCCCAGUCUCCAAAACCGGUUCAAGAUAAGAAGAAUCUUGUUCCUCCUGUAAAUGAACAUGCUAGUGCCCCAGCUGCAAAGGCACAGGUGGUAGGAUGGCCACCAAUCAGAUCAUUCAGGAAGAACAGCAUGGCCUCUAAUUUGGCAAAGAACAGUGAUGAAGCUGCUGGUUGUCUGUAUGUAAAGGUGAGCAUGGAUGGAGCACCAUACUUGAGGAAGGUUGACCUCAAGACCUACAAUAACUAUAGGGAAUUCUCAUCAGCUUUGGAGAAGAUGUUCAGCUGCUUUACUAUCGGGCAGUGCGGUUCCAACGGUGAUGGUCUCAGUGAGAGUCGUUUGAUGGAUCUUCUCCACGGAUCUGAGUAUGUGCUGACAUAUGAAGACAAGGAUGGUGAUUGGAUGCUUGUUGGUGAUGUUCCAUGGGAGAUGUUCACCGAUUCGUGUAGGAGGCUACGGAUAAUGAAAGGUUCAGAGGCAAUCGGACUAGCUCCAAGAGCCAUGGAGAAAUGCAAGAACCAGAACUAAUGCAAAAGACCUGGAAAAAACACAGGAAACUUUACUCAACAACUUUAUAUACAUAUGUGUGUGCUUUCAGAUAUUACAGUUUGAUGUAUUUAGUUGAAGUAAGAGAAAAAAGAGAUUGUAUUAGGCAAAUUAUGGCAUUGAAGACAUAUCCAAUUAUUUAAGGUUGUCUGGUUUACCUUUCUUUUGUUUUAAUCAAAUUGUGUACUUUUGGGGUGCUGUGUAAA